AGCUCCAGGACUAUGCUCCUCAAAAUGUGAUACAGGGACUCCUGCAACAGAACUUCCAGGAUGCCUGUUAAAAUGCAGAGUGCUGAGCCCAGGUCCACCCCCAGGCUGCAUCUGAGUCUCUGGGAAAGAGCCUGUAAUAUGCACAGCAUCCACAAUGCCUUCUUUCAAACUUACAAGCAGUUACAGAAGCUGUGUAGAAGGGCACUCCCAGCAGGGAACUGAGCUCAGCUCUGCAUAUUCAGUUUCAGUUUCUCCUCGGCAGGAAUCUCACUAGCACUGCCUCAGUUUUGUUUUCCUUUUCUGUUUUAUAAAAGCACAGACCUAGCAGCUAGCAUCCUGAGUGGGAACCUCCUCUGCAUUUGCUUGUGAUCCACAAGCAGAAAAUAAAAACCUGCCUGAACCCCAGCUUCUCAGAAUUGCAGGAAACAGCCAUCAUGAGUGAGGACAACAAGAAUUCUCUGGAGCAAAUCCUUCCACAGCUGAAAUGCCAUUUCACGUGGAACUUAUUUAAGGAAGAAACUGUCUCUCAUGACCUCGAAGACAGAGUGUGUAACCAGAUUGAAUUUUUAAACUCUGAGUUCAAAGCUACAAAGUACAACUUGUUGGCCUACAUAAAACACUUAAAGGGUCAAAACAAAGCAGCCCUGGAAUGCUUACAGCAAGCCGAAGAGUGCAUCCAGCAAGAGUACGAUGACCAGGCAGAGGUCAGAAGCCUGGUCACCUGGGGAAACUACGCCUGGGUCUACUAUCACCUGGGAAGAUUCGCAGAAGCUCAGCUUUAUGUUGACAAGGUGAAACAAGUCUGCCAGAAGUUCUCAAAUCCUUACAGUAUUGAAUGUCCUGAGCUGGACUGUGAAGAAGGGUGGACACUGGUAAAGUGUGGUGGGAAAAAAAUUGAAAGGGCAAAGGUGUAUUUUCAGAAGGCUCUGGAAGAGAAACCUAACAACCCGGAAUUCUCCUCUGGACUGGCCAUCGCAAUGUACUACCUGGAUGACAGGCCAGAGCAGAAGUCCUCUGUGGGCAUUCUGAAGCAGGCCGUUGAACUGAGUCCUGACAAUCAGUACAUCAAAGUUCUCCUGGCCCUGACGCUGCAGAAGAUGAAUGAACAAGCUGAAGGGGAACAGCUGGUUGCAGAGGCUCUGGAAAAAGCUCCUUGUCAAAUAGAUGUCCUUCGCAGUGCAGCCAAAUUUUACCAAGGAAAAGGUGAUCUAGACAAAGCAAUUGAAUUGUUGCUAAGGGCACUGGAAUCCAUACCAAACAAUGCCUACCUCUAUCACCAGAUUGCAUGCUGCUAUAUGGAAAAAGUCAAACAAAUUCAACAUACAGGAGAAUCUGAAGCUAGUGGAAAUGGAGAGAAGAUUGAAGAACUAAGGGAACAUGCUAGAAACUAUAUGAAUAAAGCGAUUGAGAAGGGACUAAAUCCUCUGCAUGCAUAUUCUGAUGAGUUCCUGGAAAAUGAAGAAUGUUAUCAGACAGCUUUCAGUAAGGAGCUCCCAAGCACCAAGGAGGAAGAGCUCCAUCAGCACGAUUGCAAUCCUCAGGAGGAUCGUGAGAUAUCUGAAGACACUGCAGUCCAAUGUUCUUUAGACGGUUUACCCAUAAGCACAAAAUCAACUGAGAAAGAAAAGACGAAAUUCCAGCUACAGAAUGUAGCUAAAAACCGGCUACCACAGAAUGUAGCAUAUUCUUGGUCUCUCCAAGGCUUAAUUCACAAGAUGAAUGAAGAGCUGCUGCAGGCGGCUGAAUGCUAUGAGAAGGCACUGGGCCACCUCCUAAGGAACAGCCCUUCGGGCAUAGGUAGCGUUUUCCUGCCAUCAACUGAGCGUGAAGAAGGCAGUGAGGAAAUGGAGCAGGAUGCAGACAGCUCUAUACUCAGAGAGCUUCCCGACCCCUGAGCUGAGACAGAGAGGAAGAAAAGGAAGAGAAAGUCAGGGAGCGGGAAGACUGACAUUGUAGGGAGGGGGCUGGGAAAGCACAUCCCCAAUCUGAGCUUACUGAGCAAGAUGGUCCUGCUUAUCGUUUUAAGGCAUGUUUCUAGAGAGUAGCUUGCUCACGACUGUCUUCCCUGUCCAUACCAGCUACACACAGUUCUCUGGCCUGCAGGUCUUAAACUGCCAGCAGAAACAGUGCUUCAGGCCUGCAUGAGGCAUUCCGUUCUCCAGACAGCCCUGUGUCUGCCCUUCUUGCCAAGGUCAUAACUGGCGACUAUCAACAUAAUCUCAUGCUCUUCAUCCCAUUAUUAUCCAGGCUUCUGGGCCCCCUGGAAGACUAGCUUCUGACCAACCCUGAAAUGUUCUUUAUGUCUUGCUUUUGGCUUCAGCUAUAUGUGAUUUUUGUUAGUGAUACUACAAUAAAUGUAUAUUGUUGA